AUGGCUGUGGGGAACCCCCGGCCCAGCUUGCGCGACCCCGAGGACGACGCGGAGGAAGCUACAGUUGCUAAAGUGAUCGACAAAUUUGAGGAUGAAACUGAAGAUGACAUCUUGCCUGUUGGUGAUAUACGAAAAAAAGCUUCAGCCUCUCUCUUGGAAGCUGAUAAAAGGUACAGUGGAAAAGCUACAUCUCGCAAAGCUCUGCAAGAAGAACUCUGGGGAGAUGCUCUGUCUGAAGAAGGGUCUGCUGAAGAAGGAUUAGAUGAAUGGUACAGUGGUGGUGAAGACUCAGAAGAGAAUGGCAGCAUAGGCAGUAAACCAAAGGAGACGCCCAGCAGUGCUGGCAGUGACCAGGAGGAUGACUUGGAUGAGGAUGAAGAGACAGACCCAUCUGUCAAUGCCAAGGCACCAAAGUUCAGUUUCCAGAAUAUCACAGACUUUGAGAAAUUUACAGAGGGGAUGGAUGACGUUGGAAGCAGCGAGGGGGAAGAUGAAGAUGAUGCCAGCAUGGAGGAAGGCAGUGAUGAGGAGGAAGGCAGUGACGAGGAAGAAGGAAGUGAAGAGGAAUAUGGGAGUGAAAACCACAACCAUAUAAAGGAAACCAAAGACAUUGAAGAUGAUGGGGGGAUGAUGACCUUCUCAAAAGGACAAGACACUGAAGAAGUAGAAAAAGGCAAAGCUGUGAAGAACCAGCUAGCACUGUGGGAUCAACUCUUGGAAGGGAGAAUCAAGAUGCAGAAGGCGCUCCUGACUGCCAACCGGCUUCCGCAGCCAGAUACCUACCCGAUCUUCAGAAAGGAAGGUGGACAAGAAUUUGACAACGCUGUCCAGAACUGUUGUAAAGCCCUGGAGGCAUUGCUGAAAGUAUUAGUGGAACUUCAGGAUGAGCUGCUUUAUCAAUACCCAGGCACGAGGCAUCUGGUAGAUGGAAAACAAUCAAAAGCUGAGAGUGACGAAGAAAUCCCUAGCAGUAGUGAUGAAGAGCAAGUGGAUAAGGCUCAGGAGAAGAGGAGGAGCCUCCCCAAACGAAAGCUACAGAUGGAGGACUACCCGGAGUUCAUCGCCAAGCGAUACGCGGACUUCAGGACCUACCGGAACAACGUCCUGCAGAAGUGGCAUGAGAAGACAAAGCUGGCGUCUGGCAAAAUGGGAAAGGGUUUCGGUGCCUUUGAGCGUUCAAUCUUGACUCAGAUUGAUCAUAUUCUGAUGGACAAAGAGAGAUUACUACGGCGGACACAGACCAAGCGAUCAGUGUAUACGGUGCUGGGGAAGCAGGAACAGGAACCUCAUCCGGCCCCUGAAUCUUUGCCCGAAAAUUCGGAGGUCCUCCCGCAGGCAGAUUCCAACAGGCACCUGAAGGACAUAGAUGAGGAGAUAUUCGAUGAUGAUGACUUUUAUCACCAGCUCCUUCGAGAACUUAUAGAACGUAAAACCACUUCAUUGGACCCCAACGACCAGGUAGCGAUGGGCAGGCAAUGGCUGGCCAUCCAGAAGUUACGAAGCAAAAUAAAGAAGAAAGUGGACAGAAAAGCCAGUAAAGGAAGGAGAAUCCGGUACCACGUCCAUAGCAAGCUGGUGAGCUUCAUGGCACCUAUUGACCACUGUACAAUGAAUGAUGAUGCCAGGACGGAGCUGUAUCGGUCGCUGUUUGGAAAAAUCACGGGUCCCGAAGAGCCCGAGCGGAAUUAGCCUCGUGCCCCGGCGCCGGGAUCGACCGCACCGACAGGUUCUGCUCCACGCCGGGGGGGUCCCGGGGGUCCCUCCCGCUCUCUGGGACAUCUCCUGCUCCCACCUGGUCACCUAAACCUGCCCGGGAGCACCCAGAGCUGGUUUGUCCCUAAAAACCUCACUGAAGGACCAUCAAAUCCGGUGACUGCUCCAUCCCACAGGCUUGGAAAGAAGAGUUGGGGGGGGCAUAUUUCUCUUGGCUGAACGCCCUCCCCUCCAGCCCUAGAACAAACUCUGCUUCCUCCCAAAGACAAUCCAUUUUUAACUAUUCUCUUUAAAUUCCUGACCUUGAUUUUGCAAUCUGCUGUGCGUGGGGAGGGGAGGAACGGGUGGUUCAGGCCGUCAGGGACCACCAGCUCCCCCCCCCCUUGCAAUCAGGUCACCCACGUUUGUAUUAACUCCUUGGGGAUUUUUAUUUGGGGGGCUGGGGGGGUGUGUGUUUAAGCGCGCUGUUCUGGUCGUUGGCUGCGUAUCUGGAAUGUGUGACUUUUAUUUUGCACCGAGUCAAGAGGAUUUAAAUGUCAUUUGCAUAAUUAACAUGGCCUUAAAACAGAGGAAAGGUGCUCUCCCUCGCCUGGCAGCCAGAGCUCCCCGUUCAGAGGGGGAUGAGCUCAAUACGGGGGAUAUUUCUGCAAUUAGAUCAUAUUGGUGAAUUUUUCAGCCCGGUAUUGAUCCCGAACACUCAAUUAUUUCUGCUGCUGGUGACUCUGAGCCGUCCUCUCCUCACCAUCACCCUGACACUGGGGAAAGAUGCCAGCAGGAAUGGAAACCCGGCCGGAGGAGAUGACUCACUCCGGGGGUUUUGUGGGGUUUUUAUAUCCAAAGGUCAGGAGCCGGAAAUUAAAUCCCUGUAAAGGGAAUGUGCCAUCCUGCUGGGAUCAAUCCGAAAUGGGGGUUAUCUUGUGGAAAUAAUAUGUGCAUAUAUGUGUGUGUGUGUGUGUGUGUAAGGUGGCCAGUGCUUGGGACCACGUGAGCUGCACUGUCUUUGGUUUGUGGUUAACGCGCUCUAAUUAAAACGCUUCGUAAACUGA